GUUAGGACCAAAAAAUAAAUGGACAUAAAAGUUCAUUACAAACGAAGCCCUCACGUUUAAAUGGACUCCUCUACACAACCCGAUAUCUCGUUCUAGAAUUGGAUUGUUUCGCAAAGUUUAAUCCAUUUUUUUUAGUGUAACAUCGUGUACGUUUUUAAUUAUGUCUAAAGUUACUGAUAAUAUAAAUUGUGUUUGUGACCACAUCUUUAUUAUGUUUAGAACCUCUGCUCCCGGAAUGGAAGUACUGAAACUAAUAGCUGAAUGUGUCGUUGGAAAUGAAUCUUUCAUUAGAAUACAACCAUUUCAAGCGUCGUUCAGAUUUACUGUUUAAACUGUUUUUCAUUUGGAUACGUGGGUUUUUUAGGGACCUGUUUUUUUUUCUUUUCUCUUAAGAAAGACAUUUAGCAGACAUGGAAAGAUACGCCAUCCACUACAUUAUGCUCAUUCCGUCGAUAUGUAUUAUCGUAUUUUUGUCAUUCCUCGAAAAGAGAAAGUACCGGCCCAAUAAAUGUGGUGGACGACCGGCUCUGAUUAUACCCUUCCCGUCACUUGACAGCUUUGAGAACCGCCUGGCCUACGCCGUGGCCUUUGGAACCACUCUGAACACCACAGUGACUACUGUCAUCUCUCAAUACACAUUAGGUUUUGAGAUACCCAGGUAUUUGAAAGCCCUGGAAGUUUUACUGCGAGCCAUGAUCUCAAGUCUUCUGUUUUUCCCGUACUUCGCUUGUAUAAGUACCAGGUACAGGGCAGUCGGGGCAGUCAUCAAUAUCUGUUAUUGCUUAAUAUGGUUUGGGAUCGAUGUUGCUGAAUGUCAUUCGAAUUUUGUAAGCUCUGACAAUCCCAUGGAAAGCUACAAAGUUAUGUUUGUUCUUCUAUACCUGCCUAACUUCAUAUGUCAGCUGACUCUUGUAGUCUUUUGCUUCUAUAUACUGUACAGGUGUUAUCAAACGAAAUCCUUUAUAAACCAGCACAUUCCAGGAGCAGUUAAACCUCAUCAAGUGGACCAUGUCCGUUGGGUGUUUAGGAAAUCUAAAGAUAAACUUUAUCAAGCAUUGCUCACUGAAUCUCAGACAUCUUUUGUGGAUAGAAUGAACAAAAGCCGAAGACUCAAACUGUUCACCGACUUCACAUUUUUCAAGUACCCAACGAAAAUUGUUUCAUUAGUUUUUUUUCAACUCAACGUAAUUUAUUUGUUGGUGCUGGCUGUGAUUGUGUUGCUAAUUUAUAUCACAUCAAAGAUUGACUUCUCCAUUGAUUUAGUGUAUCAACUGUUUGGUCAGAAAAAUGUAGUUCUAACUGAUAUCGCUGGCAUUUUGAAAGCUGGUCUUUCAAUAUCCCUGGCUCUCACAGUGUUUCAGACACUGUACAACAUAUUCAUGUUUACAAGGAACUACAGAUAUCACAUGUUGAAAUUAUUUCAAGGAGACACCAAAUUUCUGGCUGACUGGGAAUCUUCUGCAAAUUCGAAACUAAUGUCGAGUUUUAACUGUGUUGGUUACGUCAUUGUGUUCUCAGUUUCCAAUUUUUUUUUGAGUUUUAUGGUGGCCAGUUUUAUUUUAAUUCUUGUUUUCGGGUAUCUUUACUAUGACAUAAAAACAACGCAGAUUGGUGAAUUCUUCAAAAAUGUAUUUAUAGCAAUCAGUUUCCCACUUUUGGGACAGAUCUUCACAAUGAUGUUAAGUUUAUUGAGCCGAAGAUAUUUGCUGCAAAGAAAAGUCAAGGAGACGGACAAAGAGCUGCCUUUGAAUGUUGAUAACAGAAAACUGUAUGAAGUGCUGAGCUAUUUCUAUUUGUACCUGAGCAUGACAAGAGGUAUAUUCUCUUGCUUGGGUAGGUUCAUUCUGUCUGCAGCGUUUGGAUUUUUCUCUCUCGGCAGACUUGACAAGUCAAUCUACUCCAGAGAUCUACAGAAGUUUGAUGGAGCAUACGGCACUUACCUUGCAAUGCUGCAAGUCGACAACGCUCACAAUAAUCCUUCAGUGAGACUAUUCACACAUCUUUUGUGGAUUGGAGUUUUGGUAACAAGGUUACGCAAUUCUGGUGGGAAUGACGUGGAGAUAGCCAACUUGAUUGCGACAUUGAACCACAGAUCAACUGCUUCUUAUUCUGUCAGGAGAAAUGCCAGUGGAUCAGACAUUUUCAUGGUGUCUGACCGGAUUGAUUGCAAGUCCAAGCAGGCAAGAACUCGAUGGUUCCUGGCGCAGACUUUAAUCAACAAUCCAAAGCUUAGGCGUGAGAGACGAAAGGGAGAUUAUCUGUCACACGCCAACUUUGAUGAAAUACAACUACACAUUAUGGACGCGAACCAUCAUUUUGACUACAACACCCUAGCAUAACAAAGAUCGAUGUGAUGAGGGGCUUAAGUCUACUUACAAAACACAACCUUACUAAGCGUGUUAGGUCAUUGAGAUGGACUGACCAGUUGGGAAAGUUAGAAAAUUUCCCGAUUCGUUAUUUUGCCGUGUCCUAGCAUGUUGAGUAUGCAAUUUUACAAAGCAUUUAAGCAUGUAUUUCUGCUAGAAAUCUAUAGUUCAGGAGUUAUUGAAUAAAAUAGUAGAAACACAUCAAAAGAAUAUUCUUCAUAAAUUUGCAAGGUGACAAAGGGUGGGAAUACAGUGAAUAGAUUUAUAAGAAGUCUCGUCUGUACAAUAAAAAUAAAAUGGAGGUAACGAAGGUCAACAUCAACUAUAGCGACACCUGCCUCAAAUCUUCUGCGUAAAGGAGUCCCAAAUAAAAUGAGACAAUUAGAAAGUUUUAUUUUCUAGAUCAUCUGAGCAAUUUCAAAAUAGAUCUGGUUCCAGCCUCAGAAGGUCACCUAAACAAUUUAAGAAAAGAUCUAGCCUCCAGCCUCAGAAUCACCCAAAAUUGCUGGAAACUUGAACAAUUGUUUGUGAAGAAAAAAAGUUGAACUCUAAUAAUCUCUUAUUGUGUUAUUGGCAAUUUAUUUAUAAUACAGAUAUUGUUGUUAUUUUCAAAUUCAAAAGGUGAAGAAAGAAAGAAUAGUGAAAUGGAGAAAAGAGAGAUAAAAGUGAAUAUAGAUGAGAGAGAGAGAGAGAAGCAUGAAAGAUAGAAGAAAGAGAGGAUAAUGAAGGGAAUUAGCGAAUAGAGAAGGGGAAAUGGGAAAGAGAGAGACGAGUGAAAAAGAGAACAGAGAGAGAGAGAAGAGAGAGACAGAAAAAAAUGAUAGAAGAUAGAAAGUAGACUGAGAUAGAGACACUUGGAAAAAUAACAUAAAAAGCACUGAUAUAACAGGGCUUUAAACUCAUGAGGACCCCCCUCCCCCAAAUCGUUUAAUGCUUACAUAAAACCAAGUAAGUUUAUCAUGAUAAAAACAUUUUUUAAAUCUCUGCUGAUGUCUAUAGUCACAUUGAGUUACUCAGUUCUCAUUUGCUGUUUUAUUUUCUCUGUUCAUGUUCCCCCUAGUAUUUCUCUCACUUAACUCUGCCCAUCUAACGCAAGCUAUUCCAUGUUUAUUGUUUAUUUAUCUAGAACGUUUUUUUUUUACAGCAAAAACAUUUAGAGCUUGAUAUGUUUGUAUACAUGGUAUACUGUCUUAUGUUCAGUGCUUGCUACAUAAGUGCAAUAGUCCAAUAUCAUCAAACUGCUUCUUUAGUUUUGUUAAUUUUGUUUAAAAUCAAUAAAAUAAAUUUUAAAAAUAUGACCGUUGAAACUGAUUUGUUGAAAGGAACUAAGACACAGAUGUUGUCUUUGUGGGGCAAUGUAUUACAAUUAUUAGCUUCAUGCUAUUAACAACUUCUAGUGGACAACAUAUUAUAGAAACUCUUGAAUUUUUUUAUUUGUUUAAAAUUGAUAACACAAAUAAGGUAUAGCA